AUGCUCAAUAGGAUCUUCAAGUAUCAAUUUGCUACUGCUACUCACACUCCUUUAUGUAUUAUUGGUGGUGGUACAGCUAGUUUAAACGUCACUGCCUAACUUAGCCACAGAAAAGGAAUCAAUUUAAGCCAUAUUAGAGUUUUUGAUCCCUCCAGAUUCCACUACUACCAACCUUCAUGGACCAUGGUUGGUGGUGGUUUGUAUGAUGCAGAAAAAUCAUAUAGAACUUAAUAAAGCCUCUUUAACAAGAAAAUUAACUUCAACUUUAAUGCUGUAACUAAGGUUAUCCCAGAGUAAAACAAGUUCAUCACUGACGAUGGCAGAGAAUGGACCUAUGACCAUCUCAUUAUUUCUACAGGAAUAAAGGUCGAUUUCAAAGGAAUCAAAGGUUUAAAGGAAGCAUUAGAUGACCCUAACUGCCCUGUUGGCUCUAUUUAUUGGAAAGACUAUGCUACUAAAUUCAAUUAAUUUGCUAAAGAAUUUAAAGGAGGCAAGGCCGUCUUCACUGAACCUUAAAUGCCUAUUAAGUGUGGUGGAGCUCCUUAAAAGGUUUUGUACUUGAAUGAAGAGCGUUUCCGUAGAAAUGGUGUGAGAAACUAAACUUCAAUCGAAUUCCAUAAAACUAUACCCGUAGUUUUUGGUGUUCCUAAGUAUAGUGCCAGCUUAGCUGAAAUUAUCAAACAAAAGAAUAUCGAUCUCCAUCUUAAGAGUAAAUUAGUUGAAGUUCGUGGUUAAGAUAGAGUUGCAGUAUUUGAAAACCAAGAUAAUAAAGUUCUCACUGAAGUUAAAUUCGAUUUACUCCAUGCCGUUCCUCCUUAGACUGCUCCUAAGUUUAUUGCUGAAAGUGGACUAGGUGAUGCUAGUGGAUUUGUAGAUGUUGAUAAGUAGACUUUAUUGCAUAAAAAAUACAAAAAUGUGUGGGCUAUAGGUGAUAGCUCUAAUCUCCCUACUUCUAAAACUGCAGCUGCUGUUAUGAGCUAAACUCCUAUACUUGUUGAUAAUCUUCUCCAUAUCUGGAAAUAAAAAAAUAGUGAAGCUAGUCUUCCUUAAAAAUACGAAGGUUAUACAAGUUGUCCUAUUUUUACUGGUGAUAAGAAGCUUAUCCUUGCUGAGUUCAAAUACGACUCAGUAGUUGAUGAAACCUUCUACAGACAUCAAGAUAAGCCUCACAGAUUAUUCUAUCAUUUAAAGAAAGAUUUCUUCCCUUUUGCUUACUGGAAUUUGAUGGCUAGAGGUAUUUGGUAUGGUCGUGAAGGUAUCCUUCCUCACUUUUUAAAAACUAUAACAAACACUUUUUGA